GGGGUCCCGGGCGGCCGCACGCGCGGGGGCUUCGAGGGCUGCGCGCGUGGAGGCCGCGGGGGCAGCGCUGAGCCUCUCCUCAUCCCGGCCGGGUGCGCGGGAAGCCCGGGUACGGCGCAUCCCCACGGGCCAGCGGGCUUGCAGGCGGGUCCGGAGGGCAGCGGAGCGCCCAGGUAGGGCCCUCCCGGGCCUCGGCCGCCUGCCCUGGGGGGACCGGAGCCCGCCGGCGCUCUCCUCCGCGGGUUCGUACUCCGGCCUCUCGGUGGACGGGCGGCCUCGAGAAUCCGCGAGCGCGCCGGGCGCUCACUCUGCUGUUCCCGGUCCGAGGGAGCCGUCGUGCUGCUUCCAGCGGUGGGACUUGCGAGCGUGAGAAGCAUGAUGUCCCAGGAAGGCAAUUAUGGGAAGUGGACAAUAUCCAGUAGUGAUGAAAGUGAGGAGGAGAAGCCGCAGCCGGACAAGCCAUCUGCCUCUCUCCUCCCCGACACUGGGCAGGGGGCCGCCGGGCAGCCGAAGUACACCUGCUCCGAGGCUCGGAAAGCCGCCCACAAGAGGAAGCUGGAGCCUGUGAAAUUCAGCAGCACAGACUCAGCUUCAGAAGCUUCGCCUUGCAAAAGACAGAAGAGCGGGUCCCAGGAGGACCUGGGCUGGUGUCUGUCCAGCAGUGAGGACGAGCUGCCUCCAGAGCGGCAGCAGGAGCAGGCGAAGGACCCACGGGUGAAAGAGGAGAAAGGCCCCCCUUCUCCCAGGGACCGCGCGGCUCGGGGCGCUGGGCCUCACGGCCCCCCCACCAGCCGUGGGCUCCCAGAGGAGGAAGAUGAGCAGGAAAUGUCAGGGGAAGGCCAGGACAUCUGGGACUUGCUGGAUAAAGGGAACCCCUUCCAGUUCUACCUCACGAGAGUCUCCGGGAUUAAGCCCAAGUAUAACACGGGAGCCCUCCACAUCAAGGAUAUUUUAUCUCCUCUCUUUGGGACACUUGUUUCUUCAGCUCAGUUUAACUACUGCUUUGACGUGGACUGGCUUGUAAGACAGUAUCCACCAGAGUUCAGGAAGAAACCAGUCCUGCUUGUGCAUGGCGACAAACGGGAAGCAAAGGCUCACCUCCUGGCCGAGGCGAAGCCUUACGGGAAUGUCACCCUCUGCCAGGCAAAGUUGGAUAUUGCAUUUGGAACACAUCACACGAAAAUGAUGCUUCUGCUGUACGAGGAAGGCCUCCGGGUUGUCAUACACACCUCCAACCUCAUCCGCGAGGACUGGCACCAGAAAACACAGGGAAUAUGGUUGAGCCCCUUGUACCCCCGAAUCGUCCACGGGACCCACGGAUCUGGAGAGUCGGCCACACACUUCAAAGCUGACCUCAUCAGCUACCUGGCAGCUUAUAACGCCGCCCCUCUCAAGGAGUGGAUAGACACCAUCCAGGAGCACGACCUCUCAGAAACAAAUGUUUACCUUAUUGCCUCAACCCCAGGACGCUUUCAAGGAAAUCAGAAAGAUAAUUGGGGACAUUUCAGGCUUAGGAAGCUUCUGAAGGAGCACGCCUCCCCCGCACCUGGAGCAGAAUCUUGGCCGGUCAUAGGUCAGUUCUCCAGCAUCGGCUCCAUGGGGGCAGACGAAUCAAAAUGGUUGUGUUCUGAGUUUAAGGAGAGCCUGGUGACCCUGGGCAAGGAGAGCAGGACCCUAGGAAGUGCUGUUCCUCUCCAUCUGAUCUAUCCUUCAGUGGAAAAUGUACGGACCAGCUUGGAAGGAUAUCCAGCUGGGGGCUCUCUUCCCUAUAGCAUCCAGACGGCAGAGAAACAGAAUUGGCUUCAUUCCUAUUUUCACAAGUGGUCAGCUGACACGUCAGGCCGCAGCAACGCCAUGCCACAUAUCAAGACUUACCUGAGACCCUCUCCAGACUUCAGUCAGAUCGCUUGGUUCCUGGUCACGAGCGCCAACCUGUCCAAGGCCGCCUGGGGCGCGCUGGAGAAGGGCGGCACCCAGCUGAUGAUCCGCUCCUACGAGCUCGGCGUCCUCUUUCUGCCCUCAGCGUUUGGCCUGGACAGUUUCAAAGUGAAACAGAAAUUCUUCUCCGGGAGCAGCCAGGAGCCCACAGCCUCCUUCCCUGUGCCGUAUGACCUGCCUCCAGAACUGUACGGAGACAGAGGCGCGCCUGCUGCCUGGGCCGACGGCUGGGCUCUCACCGCUACUCCGCACUGCCACCCGCAUCGGGUGGCCUCUGUACACCCAGGUGGCAGUGACCAGUGACGACUUAAUGUUAGGACGGCCAUCGUUCUGACUUUACAGGUGUACCGCCACCCCCGUGAAAGGUAGGUCCUCAAGUCACCCUCUGAAAACUGCUGCGCUAGGCGAGGACUUUAAGGUCAGAGACCAGGUAUAUUUCGCAGAGGCAGUCAGAGGCGUCUUGGCACAGGUUCCCAGGGCUCUGGAGGGAGGCUGGCCGGGGUGGGUGGCCCCACCUCCGCGCCUGCUCUGAUGUGGCCCCUCCACUCCAGAGCGCUUCUCUCAGCCCCGGGAAGUCUGGCUUUGAGGCGAGUUCACGCUUCACCAGGCUCACGCAGGGGGAGAUGUAAUACAAUCAGGACAGGGCAGAUCCUGCCGUAUUUUCCCCUGUAGGGUAGACGUCUACUGGCGUAGCCAAGUAUAGUCCACGGUUUUUGAGCAAAUGCUAAAUGUGAACAGGGCAAGUUUGAGUUUUGAUUGGAAAGUGUGAUCACUAAUCUUGAGCCAGACAUCCUGGAAUGUGAAGUCAAGUGGGCCUUAGAAAGCAUCACUAUGAACGAAGCUA